AUCAGAAAACAGUCACACAAAUCAUAUGGGUUGUUUUGGAAGAGGCUGCAAACAACAAGUUUUAUGUUAGUUAUGAGGAAACACACAAUGUAUCUGCCCACACACACAAUUAAUCUGAAUUAAUUAUUGUGUUUGCACACAAUCACAAAUAGACCAUGAAUGUAUGCAUAAACAGUCAUUUACACAAACAAAACCAAAACAGAAAGAAAUGAAUACACUCACAUACUGAGAUACAAUAGAUUCAUAUUGAACAAUACAACUGUUAAGAUGCCCACACAGACUGAAAAAAUGCAAAGCAGGGUUUUUAUUAUUGUGCUUAUAGCAAUGAGUAAAAUAUGUACACACACACUCAGAGUGCCUAUUGUACUCUGCUUGAUAUUAUCAUAGAUUCACCGCCCACUAAACUAUCUCAGCUGGAGGCCUGGGUCCGUCUGGAGAUGUGCUGGCUUUUUAUCUCAAACACACAUGCACACACACAUAUGGACACAUAGGCACACACAAAGACGGAAACACACAAGGAAGCGCACACACCCAUUCGCUUUUCAUUCUUAAACAUGUGCCCACACAUUCUAAAAAAAUGUCUCAUUGGUUUUCAUAGUCUUUCACGCUCUGUCUUACAGUUUCUUACACUCAAAGACAUAAGUGCACACUCUCUCUCUCACUCACUCACACACACACACACACACACACACACACACAGUACACUGACUCCUCCACCUAUCCUUGAAGACAUUUAUGAGGUGCUAAAUCACUAAGCCAUCUGAAUGGUAAGGGUAAAUAGAGAGGACAGCCAGUACUUUUGCACACACGGCACACACCCUGUGAUGUGAGGGUGUAAACAUCGAAGCUUCUGUUUCAUUUUAUCUCCUUCAGUUUAUUUUAAAUGACUGUAGUGUUUGGCACUGCUAGUGACUCUCUCCCAAACUUGUAUUAGGAGUGCAGACGAUAUCUUAAAUUAAUCGGGUAAAGGAAGAAUAGCUGUGAGGAAGAAAGAAACAAAGAAGGAAAGAAGAAGAAUUGAGUGGCUGUGUUGAUGGAUAGCUGGAGAGGGAGGAAGAAAUGCAGGAAAGGUGAAAGGGAAGAUUUAAAGAUGCAAAAAGGGAAGUUAGGAAUGAAGGAAAGCAAAUGGAAAAUGCAACGAAAAAUGGAUUAGGGAUUCAAAGAAGUACCAAUGGAAGGGUGGAAAAAGGGAGGAAUGAUUUAAAAGGAUAAAAGAGGGUAAAUGAAAGGAUGGAAGGUUGGAAAGAUCAAUGCAUGCAUAGAUGUUAAGAUGUUAAGACAGCAACAAAGAUGCAAGAGAGGAAGGUUUGAUUGAUUGAUGAUGAAUGACUAUGUGAAUACAAAUUGUGCAAACUAGAAGUUCAAAAGAAUUGAUCUCUCUUUUUUUGCCAUUGGUUCCUUCCACAGACCUGAUCAUCAACGCUGACCUUAAAAAAGAAAAGCCACGUGCAACACUUCGGAUACAUCCAACCACAGCAGCAAGAUUUACAGCUGAAUGCAGAUAUCAAAACUGAUUGAUACUCAUCAGCAAACUAACUAGCAAAGAUCUGGUGGCGGGAGCAGACAGCAGCCAUGGAUAUAAGUAAACCAAUUUUCUGCUCUAAAUUAGAAACUCUUAAAUACUCAAUUCCACCAAGUGGUGGAUGUGACUGAACACCACGAAGCAACACGGGACGUUUUGGCUCAGCGUACACCUUGAGAACUCGUCGCCAAUGACUUAUUGGCAAGAAAUGGGAGAUUCAAACCUCAGGGAACAAUUUGAGGCUGUUUGCAGCUAGCGAGACUUUAUUAAAAUACAAUAUAAACCCAAGAACACUUGCAGCUAGUUCCUCCCAAUCCCCUCUUCCCUGUCACUCCCCAUCACCAAAGUUGCUUCUUCCCUGUUUUUUUCCCCUUCCCCCAGAUCCUGUUUUUAUCAGUCUGUCCUCAUUAAUGGUGUUUUCUUGGUAAUAAGAAUCCAUUUUGGAAGACACUCAUCAAAACUCUCCAAGUAAGUCUCAAUCAAUGCUGAGCACAACUUUCUCUCCACCUUCUUCUUCCCUCUGCUGUUGAAGAAGGUGAAUUAAAACUCCCUCUUUCAACCUCCAAUAGGGUAAGGGUCUCUCUUUGGGAUGGGCGGCCCAGCAAGGGCUCUUCUUGGCGGGUUCAGCACCACCACUCCCUCCCUGGAGGUUGGAGGUUGGAUGGCUUGGCCAAGCAACAGCCCCCUGGACCUAAACCAAACCCUGUCAUGGGGGAUAGGGCUUGGAGGCAGUGGUGGAGGUGCGGCAGCCAUGAGUGCAGGUCUGGACAAUUUUACCCAGGAGUCUGUCACCAGGUCAGUGAUGAAAGAGAAAAACUGGCCAGCGCUGCUCAUUCUCGUCAUCAUCGCACUGACGAUCGGUGGUAACAUCCUAGUGAUCCUGGCAGUGUCACUGGAGAAGAAGCUCCAAAACGCCACCAACUUCUUCCUUAGGUCACUGGCCGUGGCGGACAUGCUUGUAGGCAUCCUGGUAAUGCCGAUCUCCCUCAUCAACAUCCUCUAUGACUACGCCUGGCCUCUCCCCAGCGCUCUGUGUCCGAUCUGGAUCUACCUGGACGUGUUGUUCUCCACCGCCUCCAUCAUGCACCUGUGUGCCAUCUCUCUUGACCGAUACGUCGCCAUCCGCAACCCCAUAGAGCACAGCCGCUUCAACUCCAGAACCAAAGCCAUGAUGAAGAUCGCCGCUGUCUGGACCAUAUCUAUAGGUGUGUCGAUGCCUAUCCCAGUGAUCGGCCUCCACAACGAGGACAAGGUCUUCGUCAACGGCAGCUGUGUCCUCAACGAGGAGCGCUUCAUGCUGAUUGGCUCCUUCGUGGCCUUCUUCAUCCCACUGGUCAUCAUGGUGGUGACAUACUGCCUCACCAUACAGGUAGUGCUCCAGAGGCAGGCCACUGUCUUCCUGUACGAGGCGAAGACUUCCUCCCAGCAGCCUUUGCACACACCAGCAAUGACAAAUACAUUGCAGCUUCCUCAGAUCAACACACUUGCCCCUUCAGACUCACAAGAGUUAAAGCCCCCGCCCGCUCAGAGCAGACGAAAUACCUUGAGCUGUCUGAAAGGAGCUGAGCCCAGCAUACUGCUCAGCGCCAAGGCGCCAGACAGCAUAAGCAUCGUUCCCAGCUCUGAGGUGGCAUCUCAGCUCAGCUCGCCGGCCGCCGGGCCAUCGCGGAGCGACACGUCGGGUUGCCAUGGGCGAAGGGGGAUGAUGCAGGCCAUAAAGAACGAGAGGCGGGCCUCCAAGGUAUUGGGAAUCGUCUUCUUCCUCUUCCUCAUCAUGUGGUGUCCCUUCUUCAUCACCAACGUCACCUUCGUCCUGUGCCGGGGCUCCUGCAACGAGUCGCUGCUUCAUGACCUCCUCAACGUCUUCGUCUGGGUGGGCUACAUCUCCUCCGGAGUCAACCCUCUGGUCUACACCCUCUUUAAUAAGACCUACAGGAGAGCGUUCUCCAGCUACAUCCGGUGCCAGUACAAAGUGGGGGCCAAUGCAGCUGGACAGAGUUGCAAAACCCUCCUGGUCCCCCCACCGUGCCCGUCGCACGCCGUGACCCCUCUUCUGAUGGGAAGUCAUGGGAAAGCAGGCAUGGACCGCAAUAGUAACUGUCGCAACGGAGGUAGGGGGGAUAACGGGAGGCUGACGGUGGACCCCGAGGACAUUACAGAUGAUGAGACACAAAUCGGAAUAGUGUCGCAGAGUCUCUCCGAAUGCCACAACAUUGGCAUGCUUUCGGAAACGGAGCCGGAAACUGAGGUGGAGCAGGAGCUGUCACUCGUCAGCUACAGCCCCACCUCCAGAGAACACACAAGCAGCGUGUGACUGCGUGCUUAAAUUGUUUUAUGUCUUCUUUUUAACCUGCAGACGCUGGGCCGAGCAGCGUUUCGACGAGCUGGUGCUGGGAGCCUACAGCAUUUUGACUGGCUGUAAGUGGGUGCUGUUAUUGUGAAAGGUUUGAGGAGCCUUAUCCCCACACUGAAGUGCACUACUUAUAAUAAUAUGUUAUAUGAGAAAUCAGAUUAUGAGAGAAGUUAACCUCUAAGAUGAAAAAUAAUGAUUUUCCACUAAAGUUUUGGAAUGAAAGCCAAUAUUUCAGACGUGUUUGUUUUCUAUUUGGUAUCAAAAUAUUGGUUUUCAUACCAUGAAUGGAGAAUAAAAGCAUUUGUUAAGCUGUGCUCCGCUGUCAAAAAUGUGGUGUACUUCAGGGGACUAAGGUACCAGCUGAGAUCCAGACAGGGACAAAGUGCACACGAUAAGAGACACUCAGUGAAGAGCUUACUCUCAUUGUUAACCUGGUAUGAAGUCAAGCGACCCUUGAUGGAGUCCCACUGAUGCAGGUUACAGAGUCAAGCACCGGCCGCUAAGGUCAACAGGUUCAAACUACGACUUCUAGCCUUCACAGUCAAAAUGCAGUCCGAGCUCUGGUUCAUGUGGAUUCUCUCCACACCAAGCAAACUAAACCAAAUCUAUUUUUGUGCCGGUCAAGCUUGACAACAGUCAUAGAAUAUAUCUGAAUGAACCUUUCCAGCAUGUAUAAUCAAACUAUUCAGCUGACAGAAAUGGGAUUUUUCUCUAAAGGAAACUUUCUCAAGGCUGCAGUCAAAAGUUUGUCUGAGAGGACCAAGAUGAAGGAAUGUACAACGACCGCUGGUCUCUGGUGGACUCACGGUGCCAUCUGGUGGUCGAAUGACACAGAGAGGCUGCUUCCCUUGGAUUGAACAAGGGGCUAAAAGAGCUAAAAACAUGGCGCAGGUCCAACACAACUGUCAGGCUCUUGCUUCUGUUGACCAAUACACCCACUUUGGAAAUAAUUAAAGUCCCAACUUAUAAAGGUUUUUACUGAUACCAAUCAACAACAAAGCAAAGGGAGCAAUCUAAAAGUAAAAUGGAGAAAAAUAAUAUACCAAGUUUUUAAUAUAAGGGUGCACAAACGUUCCUAAGAUGUCAUUCUUAAAGGGAACAAAAUAUAUAGAUUUUGUGACAUCAGCAACAGCUUGCUAUCAUUAGUUUAAUCAAUUAGCCAUCAUCGUUACUGAUACAGCCUCAUGCAACAAUAUAAAACUCACUUUCCAGGAUCUUCCUCAGCUGUGAUCAAAUCACACUUACCUUUUAUUUUCCCAAAACAGUGGAAUUGGAAAUUUUGUGGAUCAACAGUUACAUUAAUAAAAUUUUAAAAAAUUAAAGUUUAAAUCAUGGAAGCUACACUGUCUUUCAAUUAACAUUUGAUCAACCAGCUGUUACCAGCUCUUACUUUUGGUGUGAUUUCACCACAUGCAGUAAAUCCAUUUCAGUGGUGAAGGAGGACAGAAAACUAAUAAAGGAUUUUAGUGUUUAAGUCAAAUUAAGACACAGAUUGUACAUGUUUGUAAGGUUUAAAGCUCAUUGCUUGGGUAGCUGAUUGAAUAUUUCCCACAUCUAAUGAAUGGCUGCAAAUUCAGUAUAUGCAUCUUUGAGAUUGUUGUCCUACUUAAUAUACAUAUAAUAUAUUAUCAAAGGACAUAUCAGAAUAUUCACAUCAUCUGCAGGCAUAAAUCUGGGCUGUUUGAGAUUCAGAGCAUCAUCUCCGAAGGACACAUUCUCGAUUGAACAAGAAGUUCUCUGCCACUUUUUAAGAAAUUAAGGAUUUUUAGGUCAGCCAUUAGAUCAGUCCUUUUCUCUCCAAAAAAACCCCUCAGCAGCAGGCCAAACUUUGUACAGUGAAAACCAAAGAGGGCAGAAAUAACAUUUAUGCUUAAAUUCAGGCUAUGUGCUUGGGUUUAAAUAAGCUCCAUGUUACAUGUAUGCUCUGAUGAUGGUUUUUAGGAUGAAAAGCUUGCCUAUAUCUCCAGGAAUUGCCGUUUUGACCCCUAACCCGAUGGUCCCAAACUCUAAAUCAGACUCUUUGAUCUCUGACAGCUUUACAAUCUGUUCAGCGUGAGUCACCAUAACCCAGAGUGUGACUCAAAGACCAAAUAUCUUUAGAUUUCAUGUGUCGCAUAAAAUGGACAGAACGUCGAUAUGCUAAGACACAGACCCCUGACUCUAUCAAGCUCUGUCACGCUGAUUUUUUUGCCCUCCUUCCUCCCACAUUUUAUCGACAUCUGACAGGCGGCGUAAUUCCUCCACACUGCAUCUCCAUCAGCUGAAAUAUCUGCACUAUACUGCCUUAAAAAAGGAUUAAAUGUUGUGUGGAUUUUAAAGGUCAUGGUGGUAGGAGAUGUAACCCAAAACUCGUAUGCAUUUAGUGAUUUGCUUUGUAGGUUUAGUAUAGCAGAGCUAAAUGGUUGUGUUGUAAAGGAAAAACGCUGAGAAAAGUGACAUUUUAAGAGAUCACUUAAAGGGGCACUCAACCAAUUUUACACAUCAGGUUCAGUUUACUCAUGUAAUGUAAAAGUAACCCUGAUGAUGUCAUAGUGAUGUCACCAGGGUUAUCUCGGAUUGGGCUUGAUUUUUAACAGAAAGCUUUCUUUAAAACUGGAGGUCUGAAAAAUGUGGGCAUUUAGGAGGCAGGAGGGGGGGUCUAAUGAAAGAUGGUAUUAUGUUGCAUGAUGGGAAUUGUAGUGUUUUUUGGAGAUUGAUCCAUACUAGAGACAGGAUAGUCAGGAUAUCUCAGCCUCUGCUGCUUCGAUUUUGAUCUUUGUUUAAUUUGUCUCUGUUUAGUCCCCCAACUUCAUGGAUAUGUGCAGUACUGGAGUACUGAUUUAAAUGCAAAAAAAAAUACUGAGUUAAUUACUGAGUUUUCCUUCCAGCCUAGCUAUUAUUUUAACAAAGUAUAUGUCACUUUCUCCAGUGGUCAAUAUCUCAUUUUGGUAAUAAUCCCCUCAGCCAUAGAACAGCCAAAAUUACAAACACCUGAAUGUACAACCCUUUUUUUUACCCAUAAUCCCCAUCAAGGUCAAAGAGCAAAGGUCAAAGCCUCCAGUGGACCAAUCGAAUCCAGAGCCUGAGGUCUGCAGCCACCUCUGCAUACAAUUAGAAUGAAACACAAGAACUGGGAGUCACUUCAUUCUAAUUCUAUGCAUCUCUGUAUAAUUUAUCCACUAUUUGUAUGCUACAGACUUACACAGUGGUCAUUUGCACCACUCUACAUGAGCUAAUGUUGGCAAGCCAGCACCAAGGUUUAGCCUACAAAUAUCGUGCAUGUUUGAAGUGAUGUUCAAAAGGUCCUCUCUGCCUCACCCAGUUUUUUUUUUUUGUUCUCUCUUUAAUACCCGGAAGUAAUGAAAUAGCACAGGAAGGAAAGAAAGAACAAAGAGCAAUCAACAAAAUGCACAUCGCAAACAGAGUGCAAUUCCUGCAGGCAUUUCAUCUUUAUCAAACUACAAAAUAACAACAAUACCAACAUAAACAAGAGGAAAAACAGAGGGACACAUGGAGAAGAGAGGACUCUCUGAACUUAGUUGAGUGGAUCAUGUUUGAUCCAUCCAUGUGUGAGCAAGCAAAGGCCAGCCAACUCAGUAUGUCGCAGUGUAAUAACUAUAUGUUUCCCGUGUACCUGUGUGUGUACCAGGCCUGGCUCAAAUUGCUAUCUGAGAUUGAUUCAGUAACUUUUCUGGGUUUUUAUCGAAUGUGUCUCGCACAAUGGAUUGAAUCUGGUUGUCCCUGCAGAUGCCAAUCCUGUCCCGCUCGCGGUCCAGACAGAUGAAAUUAAUCACUCAGAGAAAGUCUCUGGAAGGAUUUCAACUCAUAAUUCGAUCCAGGUCUAGUGUGUAUAGAAAUAGUUGGAACCGUUUAUUGACAGAGUUUCAUUUUAAUACAUUUGAAGAGGGCCGAUUUGGCUUUUUCCCCCCCUUCAGGACUAUUUUUUGUUGCCAGGCAACAAUGCUUUGUCCAAGAUCUACUACAGAAAAUGAUGUAGUAUAUUUGAAAAUGGUCUAACUCUAUGAGUGGGAUGUUUCAUGGUCAAACAAUUGGAGCAUAUGCUUAAAGGAAAAAUCCAGAAAUGCUUCAGCACAGAAAGUGGCAUUUUGGGAAAUGCAUGUAUUGGUUUUCUUGCUGAGAGUUAGAUGGGAAGAACAAUACCACUCUCAUGUCUGUCUGUUCCUAAUAUGAAGCUGGAGCCAGGAGACGGUUAGCCUAGCUUAGCAUAAACACUGGAAGCAGGGGGAACAGCUAACCUGGCUCUGUCCAAAGUUAAACUAAAACUCACUAACGUUAUAUCACAUUGAUUUUGCCUGCACAAAUUUGUGGUUUUAUGGGGAGUUUUGUGCUGGAACUAUUUUUUUGCCAGGAGCAGUGACUUCCAACAUAUAACCCUCCAUAAAACCAUAACUUGUCAUUUUUACACUUUGGUUUUUCUACAAAUGAAACGAAUGAGAUUUAACGUGUUAAUUAUUGAGCUUUAAAGGUGCUGGUAGGCAGAUUUCUUUACCUGUGGACAGAGCCAGGCUAGUUGUUUCCCCCUGUUCCUUGUCUUUAUGCUAAGCUAAGCUAACCUACUGCUCAUGACUGCACAGACAUGAGAGCGGUAUUGAUCUUCUCAUCAAACUCUCAGCAAGAAAGCGAAUAAGCCUAUUUCGCACUAUUCCAUUAAAUUUUUUUUUUACCUUUCCUUCAGUGGGAAAGGUAGUAAAACUGAAGUAGCAGAAAAUUGCAACACUUAACCACAAAAUAAGUCAUGUACUGCACUAAUCAUUCAUAGCAGUGCCAAAGAAUUUAAGAACCCAAGGAUGGAUGCAGUGCUUCCUCUCUGUUAAAAACAUGAAUCAUAAGUGAUGAGUUCAAAUCAACAGAACUCACAAGAUCUUAGUUUUCAAAUCUAAAUGUAAAAAUACCUCAAGUCAGCAUGACUUCCAUAAGGCAUUUUCAUACCGACUGGGGGAACCUAUAGACACUAUUGUUCGAACUGUCUUUUAACCCUGCAGCUGUCUCACCUAUCUUCCCAAACAUGUAACUCUGUCACUAAACGGCUCUGAGAAUAGCCAGAGCUGCAGGUUGUUCAAGAGUUUGGCAAACCCAACUUCUCCAGUGCGCCUUCUCUACAUCAAACAUUGACACAGAUAAGUUGUCUGGUUUGUCUCGCUCUUGAAUGAUCCUGUGCUCGUGGGUUAGCUAUCUUUUUGUGUUGAACCUUCUUCUGUUAUGCAGUGGCUGUUUUUUAUACCAUUUUAAUUGUGAAUGUUUGUCUACGACACAUCUUCUUAAGUUUAUACAAUGAUUCUGCCAUCAUCCACACAAUGUAUAUUUUCUUUUUUUUUCUGUGAUGCUGCUAUUUAUUUAUUAAAAUAGUAUUCUAAUGUGU